AUGGCGGAGUAUUCAAGGCAGGAACUGCCAAUGGCGGCAGGCGAUUGUCGAGUCAUCCACGUAUUUCCAACGAUGCUCGGCGUCCAGGAGCGCGUCGUUACUCAUGGCGAGGAAGCACAGGGGCCCCAUUCUACUCCCCUGGGGGACUCCGUCAACCUUUUGUUGGGACAACAGUCCGGGUUCACCAAGUACCCAAGCUUUCUGUGCAUGGGGGAUGGUAAGGACAAAGCUAAUCACUACACUAAGGACUGGCCUGCGCGAGAGGAAGUGGUGCUUAGCAGGGCAAGAAACAUCAUCAACAACAUUCUGGUGGACAGAGACAGGAUAGUCCUCCCACUGCUGCACAUCAAGCUCGAUUUGCUCCAGCAGUUCACCAAAGCUCUGGACAAGGAUGGUGGCUGCUUGACUUAUUUGUGCCGGGCUGUUCCAGGAUUAACCACAGAAAAGUUGAAAUCCGUCAGCUCAUCAGUGAUUCUGAUUUUGAAAACUCAGAACGGGAAGCACCACGACCCGGACGACAUCGAGCUGAGCGUCGUGCGCUACAAGCCGGACGGGAUCGACGCGCUCGCAAGGACCACCAAGUUCAGCAAGAAGGACCUUCAGCUGAUCUACAGGGGAUUUAAAGCCGAGUGUCCCAAUGGCUUCGUCAGCGAGGAGACUUUUAAAGGGAUCUAUUCUCAGUUCUUUCCUCAAGGAGACGCAACAGCCUACGCUCAUUACGUAUUCAACGCGUUCGACGUCGAGCAACAAGGGUCGAUCAGUUUUGAGGAGUUCGUGACGAUCCUGUCGGAGCUGUCGCGGGGCAGCGUGACGGAGAAGCUGCGCUGGGCCUUCAACCUGUACGACAUCAACGGCGACGGAUACAUCACCAAGGAGGAGAUGCUGGACAUCGUGACGGCCAUCUACUCGCUGGUCGGCCGCAACGCCAUCCCCGCCGUCGAGGAGAACACCACGCAGGAGCACGUCGACAGGAUAUUCGAGAAACUCGACAUCAACGGAGAUGGAAUGGUGACUCUCGAUGAAUUUAUGGAAAUAUGCACACAGGACGAGACCAUCGCCAACUCGCUGACGAUCCUGGACACGAACUUCUGACCCGAGGCCCCGCCCAGCGCCGCCGCCGCCGCCCUGCUCGCGCCCGUCGCCGCGCCGCAGGACCUCAACUGCAACAUGUAGAGGCGGCUCCCUCAGGCUGCCGCGCCU